AUGUCCGCUGAAGUCCAGGAAGUUCCUUUGUCCAAGGUCGACUCCGCCAUUGACGACGCACCAGCAUCGCCCAGCGAUAUCAAGCCCCAGAAGCAGCGACGAAGCAGCAGCACCGUGAGCGGUGUCUUCAACAUCAAUGAACUCGGUGAGUCGUGCAGAAGCGUUGUACUCGUAGUCGCCCGUUGCUGAUAAGAAUGUGACUUUAGAGAAGGAAGGCACGGAUCUUGCCAUCGCUCCGGAGACCCAGCGGCUCAACUGGUAAGCAAACUCCUCAUCAUCCCACUUCCGGUGUCUGAGCCCACAGCGAUGUUCACAAAGUGUCUUUCCAAGCUGAUACUGAUGGAAUGUCCAGGAAGCUGAACGCCUCGCCAUCAACGGUCGACGACCCGACUGUCCUCAAGAAGCUCCUCUGUACCCCACCCAUCAAGAAGAUCGACCUCCACUUCCCGCUAGGCCUUGAGGUCACUGCACGGAAUCUCAAGGGAGUAACCAUCAAGGAUGCACUGGAUGCCAUCCACAAGCAGUUCAAGAAGAAGGCAAGUCCAGCUCAUGCCCGCCCGUUCCCGGAAGUUACCGCAGCUGACUUCUUAUCUCAGCAAGAUGACGAGCUCGAUGCACCCUACCUCGCUGGAUUCGAGUGGGACAAGGAGGAAUGCUAUACCAGAUUCGUCGUGCACCAGAAGAAGACUGGCGACGCUCCCUCCGGCGGCAGCUCCAAGAAGAAGGGUAAGAAGGACAAGGAAGAGGCAUUGUAA